UCUCGAGCGGUUAUUUUUCUUCUACGUUGCUUUGAUUUAUGAAAGUAAUAUUAAUUUCUUUUUCUUUAAUCAUGUUGCAGAAAAAAAUUGAAAGUGAAAUCACACUGACAAAAGCGGUUUUGGGAAUAUCCUUACAGUUUCCAAUUUGCUUUCACCAAAAAAUUAUUUUCUGUCUCCGCAAGGAGUGAGCGGUUUUGGGAAAGCUUCUAUUGGUAAGAAGCUGAUAACAAAUGGAAUUUUGUCCAACUUGCGGGACCAUGCUGCAGUAUGAGUUGCCCUAUAUGGGCCGCCCUUCUAGAUUCUUCUGCCCGGCAUGUCCGUAUGUAUGCUACUUAGAGAACAAGGUUAAGAUAAAGAAAAAGCAACCUCUGGUUAAGAAAGAUUUAGAGCCUGUCGUCACUGAAGAUGACAUGAAGAAUGCGUCUCAGACUGAUGCAUCGUGCCCGAAAUGUGGUCAUGGAAGGGCUGCUUAUGUUCAAUUUCAGACUAGAUCAGCUGAUGAGCCGGCCACAACAUUUUAUACGUGCUUGAAUGAAACUUGUAGAAAUAGAUGGCGUGACGAUUAAAUACUUUUAUUAUGCACAUUUGAAGUUCAGUCAGUUUAUUCUCAAGCUCGCUUAAUUAUCACUUUUUAAAAA